UUCGUUUUCCCACUCUAUCUGAAUUCCCCCCAUUUCUUUCCCCCAUUUUGUUUCUCACGAUCUCAAAUCCCUAAUCCCCAAUCCCCUAAAAAAAAAAUCCUCGAAUUAAACCCUAACAGCUCUAAACAUCUCAUCGUAUUCACAGAUUGAUAACCAACAUUUGUCUCACCUCUUGCUCCAUCACCACGCCGAUCGCCAUCGCCGUCACCUCUAGUAGCCUUGCCAGUCAUCACCGCCACUAGUAGCCUUGCCGGUCGCCGCCUCAUCUUCUCAGCUUGCCGAUUUGGGUUGGAAAGAGAAGAUGUAUAUUUUUUCCCUUGUAUUGAACACAUGGUUUUUAAAGGAUUUUCAAUCUUAUUAAAAUUUGAGUUUUGUAAUGGAUUUUGAAGAGAUAUAUUCAAAUCUGAGUUUUGAAAAUUGUUGUAAUUUUUUUUUUCAAAUAUUAGUUUUUUUUUUUACUCUCUAUUUUUCUAGAAAAAAAAAUGCUCUGCUUAUAUAUGUGUUUUAAGACCCACCUUCAACAAUGAAACCAAGACCAUCUCUGCAAAAUGAAAUUUCUCAACAGGCUGUCGCAAAUGUGGAAAGAGCAAUCAUAAAAGCAAUGAAAAAGCAAUACAGUGAUAUCUUGACUCCAUUGAAAGGUAGCAUUCCAAAAAGGCUUGGUAUGCAAGUUCAUAAACUAACAGGAAGACAAUCAACUGCUCUUUACUCUGUUCCUAGUCAAUUGGGAACUUUUUUGAACACCAUUAAGAGGAUUCUUGAUGUUUUACACUGCAAGGUUGAGGACAUUUUGAAGUCUUGGGCAUCCUAUCUACCUGUCAUUGAAGAUAAGAAGUCGCUUUUUGGAGAGCAGAUGAACGGAAUAACUGUCCUGUUGAGAACAAAAUACAAAAAUUACAUACAGGCAACAGUAGUGAAGCUCGUCAACAAUGUAAGCAGCACUACCAUCCCUCUGAGAACUUUUUUUUUUGGUUUAACAGCAUGUGACAACCAUGAUGUUCAAUUUCAGGUCAUAAUCCUGCAAGCCACCACUUAAAAAGGAAUAGAUAAAAUUAACUUGGAUGAGGGGAGAUUAUUUUUUGGAAACUUCAUACUAAAAUUCAACUUGCUUACUUAACUAUCUUUGUAAUUGUAUAGUAGUAAUUUUUAUAUUUUUUUGUAAUUAACAUA